UGUUUGUGGAGCAAUAUAUACAUACACGACUCUGUAUCGUAUUAUGAUAUUUACUCGCCCAGCUCCUCAAUUUGUUUCCUGCAGUUCUUGCUGUUUAGGUCGUUGUAUCGUGUCCAACUUGCUGCUUACAGGAUGCAGGCAUCACGUGCUAGACUGUUCAAAGAAUAUAAAGAGGUGCAGCGGGAGAAAUCCGCUGACCCUGAUAUCCAACUUGUUUGUGAUGAUUCCAACAUAUUUAAAUGGACUGCUCUUAUCAAGGGCCCUUCAGAAACUCCUUAUGAAGCUGGCAUUUUCCAGCUUGCUUUCUCAGUUCCUGAGCAAUACCCUCUGCAGCCACCUCAAGUGCGAUUCCUAACAAAAAUAUUUCAUCCUAAUGUGCACUUCAAGGGAAGCAAAGCAUGUUGUGAGAGGCAUACGUAAGCGUCUUGGUAGCAGGACACCCAAAGUUCAACUUCUUGCCUUAGCGCUAUUGGAAACACUGAUGCACUAUUGUGGGGACUAUAUCCACUUGCAAGUCAUUGAUAAAGGCGUGCUGCAUAAGAUGGUGAAAAUAGCACGGAAAAAGCCUGACUAUCACGUUAGAGAAAAGAUACUAAUUCUAAUAGAUACCUGGCGGGAAGCUUUUGGAGGAACAACAUCAAGAUAUCCCCAAUACUUUGCAGCUUAUGAGGAGAUGUUGUAUCUGGGUUUAGUAUUCCCCAGGAGGUCCGAUAUUUCUACGCCUGUAUUUGCACCACAAGUGCAGCCUCAUCUAUCACUUCCACCAAAUACAAGAAGUCAAGAAAUUGGUAAAAAAGAGGCCGAGUCUUCUGCUGAGCCUGAUUUUCCAACAUUGAGCUUGACAGAAAUUCAAAAUGCCCGGGGUAUUAUGGAUGUCCUUGCAGAUAUGUUGAGUGCAAUAAGUCCGGGGAACAAGGAGAGACUUAAACAAGAGGUUAUUGUUGAUUUGGUAGAGCAGUGCCGCACAUACAAGCAAAGAGUGGUACAUCUUGUUAACUCAACUUCGGAUGAGUCGCUACUAUGUGAGGGUUUAGCACUGAAUGAUGACUUGCAGCGAUUGCUAGCUAAGCAUGAAGAACUUUCUGAUGGAAAUUCAGAUGCAGGAGCCGCGGGUGCUCCUUUAAUUGACACAGGAGACGUCAAUAAUAAUAUGGGGAUUGUUGCUGUACCAGAAGCAUCAGGUAGUGCCGAUCCUUUAAUUGACCUUUUGAGUGGAGACAUCAACCCAUCAAAAGCUGAGGAUUCACUAGCUAUUGUUCAAGUUGAGGAAUCUCAGUCAAAUGAUGCUGCACCUCAGCAAAAUGCCCUAGCACUUGUUGACAUGCUUUCAGAACAUAAUGCUUCAACAUUGCAGCCGCCCCAAAAUGAUCAGAUUCCGCAAGAGCAGCAGCCGCCUUUACAGGAUAAUGGUAAUACUCUCUCGUUCCCUCGACCACCAUGGGAGGAACAGCCAGAAGCAGAUAAUAGCUCAUUGGCGGAAAACGGAUACCAAGAACCAAUGCAAGCCUCUCAGGUGGGUUUUACACAAGGUACCAUACCCCCUCAAGUAUAUCAACACAUGGAAAAUGGCCAGGCAGGAAAUGAGUAUAUUCAGCCAACCAUGCAAGGCCAUCUUUUAGCUGCCAUUAAUCCUUCUAUGAAUCCUCCACAUCCAAUUCAAAGGAGUCAGUCACUGGGUCUACAUCCUCAGCAAAUGCAGUAUGCACAAAUGGCUUAUAUGUAUCCUCAACAAAUGUACAAUAACCAAAUGGCAGGUUACGCCUACGGCUAUAGCCAAUUUCCAAACAAUCAGUACCCUGAUCAGAGAAUGUCGGGGUUAUCUGGAAGUGAUGAUGGAGUCUCGAACAGCUCAACUACUCAACUCACUCAGUCAUAUGUGCCAUCAGGAAAGCCUUCAAAGCCACAGGAUAGGCUUUUCGGUGAUCUUGUAGAUAUUAAGAAGUUUAAACCAACUAAUAGCACUCAUGCAAAAACUGAAAGCAUGUGAACAGGGGACUACUUCACAUUCUGCUUGACCUUUUCAGAUACAUUGUUUACAAGACAAUGUAUUUAUAUGUACAUUGUAGAGGUCCAUUUUUCUUUGAUUAUUUUAUCAAAAUUGUAUGAGUUGAAUGUAUGGGAAUCAGAAGUGCUAAAAGAAUUUUCUGGCAAUGAUAGACAUAUGUAUGACAAUUAUCAGGAAAGAUGAAUGUUUAUGUCAGGUACUUGGUACAUGUCAUGUGUACAAGUAUGUUCUUUUAAUCUCUAACAAAAUUUUUAAUGGGUUGCU